AUCAGAAUAACUUCUUCCGUGGAACUAAUUUCCACAUUAUGAACAUAAAUCUAUUGUAUUAAUUAUUGUUUGACGGGGACGACGUUCAAUCAAUAAGUGGAAUCACUGGUUUGAAAAUUCCAGUGAUUCUCUACGUACAUUAAUUAUUAUUCUAUAUAGAAAAAUAAAGGGGCGACUCAUCUCCAAUGGCGCUCAACAAUCAAAUAUCAUCCUUACUCUUGCUCUUUCUCCUAUUCUCACUUUCUGCAACGCUGCCGAAAGCGUGUGCUAAGAUCGCCACUUUCGACGAGGAUCUGCAGAAGCGGGCCGCCGAGUCCUACCAGGAAUCCCUCCAGGAAUACAACCCAAAUCCUCAGGAUCUCACUGAUGAAUUCAACGAACUAGUUGGCAAGACUUUGAUGAAUGAAAAUGUCACAAGAAGGAACCUGGGAGAAGAUGACUGCAAGGCCACGAACCCCAUCGACCGGUGCUGGCGGUGUGACCGCGACUGGGCUAAACACCGGAAGAGGCUUGCUGACUGUGUCCGAGGCUUUGGCCACCUCACAACUGGAGGUAAAGCGGGAAGGUAUUAUCUGGUGGAUGACCCUUCGGACGACGAUAUGGACCACCCAAAGCCCGGAACGCUUCGCCAUGCUAUUCUGCAGACGGAGCCCUUGUGGAUCAUCUUCAAACACAGCAUGGUCAUUAAGCUAAAAAAUGAGCUGAUUAUGACUAGUGACAAGACCAUUGAUGGGAGAGGAGUGCUAGUUCAUAUUGCCUAUGGAGCAGGCAUUACUAUUCAGUUUGUGCACAACAUUAUAAUCCAUAAUAUUUGGAUUCAUAACAUUGUUCCUACCUCCGGCGGAAUGAUCAGAGACACACUGUCGCACAUAGGGCUACGUACCAAGUCCGAUGGGGAUGCCAUUAACAUCUAUAGCUCAAACAGAAUAUGGAUCGAUCAUGUUUCCUUGUCUAAAGGUUAUGAUGGGCUCAUUGAUGUGAUCGAGGGUUCCACAGCCAUCACCAUCUCCAACUGCAAAUUCAACCACCAUAAUGAUGUGAUGCUCUUGGGUGCACAUGACAGUCAUUCUAUAGAUGCAAUUAUGCAAGUGACGGUUGCGUUCAACAGGUUCGGAAAAGGUUUGAUUCAGAGGAUGCCGAGAGUCCGAUGGGGUUUCGCCCAUGUGGUGAACAAUGACUACUCGCAUUGGGAAUUAUACGCCAUCGGUGGAAGCGCUCACCCCACCAUCAUAAGCCAGGGCAACAGAUUUAGGGCCUCAAACUACCGAUACACGAAGGAGGUUACUAAAAGAGAUUAUGCUACCAAGGACCAAUGGAUGAAAUGGCAAUGGCGGUCUGAGGGGGACCUGUUCAAGAAUGGAGCCUUCUUUACUGAAUCAGGGCAACCACUUGAACAUAGCAAGAGUCCACUGGUAGGGAUGAACUUGAUCAGGUACAGGCCUGGAUCAUUCGUUGGAACCCUCACAAAAUAUGCUGGUGCUCUCAAGUGCCGGAAAGGCAAACUCUGCUAAUCCAUUUGCUUUUUUGAAGUUUUUUAGAGCAUUUAGAGGAAAACAUGUAUGAGACAGCAGGAGAGUUGUAAAAAAGGGCAGAUAUAUUAUUGUUAUUAAUUAAUAAGAAGCUUUUUGCUGAUAAUUAGAUACAUUUACAAUUAGGAUCA